AUGGAAUGGAAAAAUGGAAAAUGGUUCACUUCUUCCCAGGGAGUCUCAAUCCCGUCUUCAGACAAUGGAAAUGAAGGCCUGAAGCCCGAAUGUGCUGAUGGCAAUGCUGUGUCUGUGCUGGUAGGGAGUUCAGGCAACAGAAAGGACAACUCUGAAGAGGAAAUACCUUGUUCGUUGGACUCAAGGGAGAAUCAGAUUGAACAAUCAAAUCCUCCUCAGAAGAAGUUUAAGGAAGGAAACAUAGGGUCAGCGGCAUUUAUGGCACGUGAGAAAUCAAGUGAAGAAUGUGAGCAUGUUUCUGUAAACCCAGCUUCUUUAAGUAUUGGAACCAACACCAGGGAACAACAUGUUGCUAUGGAUCAAUCGUCUUAUAAACCUUCUUGGGGGAAGAUAAUUGAGAUUAAACAAUCAGCAAAAGGAGAGGCCAUUCAGAAGAGAAAGAGAGGAAAGACACCAAAGAGGUUUAUCAAAGGUUCCCAAACUCCAGUGACUGGCAAUGGGCAAAGUGGAGAUGUUGCUUCUGAUGGAAUGAUCACACGAGGUGGUAUACCAAAUUCAUUUGAUUCACAUAGAAAUACUGAAGUAGUGGUGACAAGGACUGAGGCUUCAUUGCCUAAUCAGGAGAGCAUAGUGCUCAAUGAGGAUUACGUGGAGCUAAUAAUGGGUCAGCCUGAGCCAAUAAAUAGGGUUGGUGAUAUGAACAUUCCAUUAGUGAAAUAUUCUGAUAAAAAUUUUAAAGAUUCAAUAAAUGCACGUGAGAUGCAUUCAUCAAAGAGAAGAAAAAUGCUGAUCACAGGUGAAAAGCUUGUGCCUGAACUUCAAGAUUCUUCAUCCAGAGGGAAAACCACUGAAUUAAACUGCAUAAUGAAAGGAGUAGAGAAAGUAAUUUCUGAAGCACCCCAUAUUGAGGAUGAUAAUGAACCGCUUUCAAACUUGAUUGAAGAGAUGUACAGUCCAUCUACUUUUGAUACCUCAAGAAUUUUGCCUGUGAGGACUAUGGAGCAAUGUAUGGUAAGCAGCGAGAAACAAGAAAAACCUUCUGAGCUUACCAAUCGAUGUGAGACACAUAAAGAAUAUGGGAUGCAGGCUUCUGGAUUUGAGGAUAAUGGUGCAAUUAUGCUGAGCGAGCAGCAAAUCUUGCCUUUUGUGAAGAAAAAUAUACUUUGGAAAACAAUUGAAUCCAUGGAAAUUUUUGGAAAGGCACCACAGAAACCACAUUUCCAGCCUCUGGAACAUUUUAAAGAGAGUUUGCGUGAAGGCUUAGCUAUAGGUUAUAUGGUAACCUUCGCUAGUGUGGUUGAGAAAGCUUCAAAGUUGCUGUUUAAUGAUCCUAAAAGCAUUAUGAUUGACAUUUUAGAGACGGUUGCAGAUCUGGAGAAAUAUGGAUUUGAUGUUAGGGUAGUACGGAACCGUGUACUUGAGUUGAUAGCCAUGAAAGAUAAACAUGAAAAGCUUCUAAGCCAGGUAAAAGAACUUAACAGUCGAAUUACCGAACAGAAUCUUGAGAAAAGUAAGAUAGAUGAAGAGAUUGGCAAGAGCAGCAUGCAGAUAAUUGAGUUACAAAAGAAGCUAUCACUUGCUGAAUCAUCUAAAGAGUUGAAGGGUCGAGCAAUUGCCUCUUUGCAGUCUAGACUGGAAGAAAUUGAAGAAAAUGUCAGGACCGCUGAGUGUGAUUUUGAAGGCUUAGCUGCUAGACCUUUGUAG